GGUAAUUUACUUUUUUGUCCAUGAAACACACCAACUCGAAUAUAUGGAAAGCCAGAGAAACAUCUCAGAAUUCAUCCUUUUAGGACUUUCUUACAAUCAUAACAUACAAAUAUUUUGCUUUGUACUCUUUUUAUUUUGUUAUGUUGCUCUCUUGGUAGGAAACCUUCUGAUUCUUGUCUCUAUUCUAUGUAGUCCACUUUUUCACCAACCGAUGUAUUAUUUCCUCCUCCAUUUAUCUUCUAUGGACAUCUUCUAUACCUCUACUGUUACUCCCAAAUUAAUUGGUGACUUGCUAGGAGGGACAAAAACCAUUUCUUACAGUAAUUGCAUGUUGCAGGUUUUUACCAUGCACUUCUUUGGAAGUAUUGAGGUCUUUAUUCUAACUGCCAUGGCAUUUGAUCGCUAUGUUGCCAUCUGCAAACCUCUCCACUACAUAAUUAUCAUGAAUAAGACAAGGUGCAAUCUCCUAAUUUUAGCUGCUUGGGCUGGGGGUGCUGUUCAUUCAUUUCCUCUAUUGGCCAUAGCAAUUCAUUUACACUUCUGUGGCCCUAACAAAAUUGAUCACUAUUUUUGUGAUAUUUUCCCUUUGCUAAAUGUUACCUGUACUGAUACUUACAUCGUUGGUGUCCUCGUGGUUGCCAAUUCAGGUAUUGUUGCCUUAGUUACAUUUGUCGUUCUAUUUGUUUCUUAUGUCAUUAUAUUAUUCACAUUAAGAAAUCACUCAGCUGAGGGCAGAUGCAAAACCCUUUCUACCUGCGGUUCUCAUAUCACUGUGGUCAUCUUAUUUUUUGUACCUUCCAUAUUUAUCUACCUUAGACCUCCUAUCACUUUCCCUGAGGAUAAGGUAUUUGCACUUUUUUACACAAUCAUUGCUCCUAUGUUCAAUCCCUUAAUCUACACUUUGAGAAAUACAGAGAUGAAAAACACUAUGAGAAAAGUUUGGUGUCAGACAUUAUUUCCAAAAAAAGCACACAGUUAAUUUACAGAAGCUUAUUUACUUAGCAACUUCAUAAAGAAAAGGACUAGGUAAAAACAUAAAAGAGAAAAACUGUCUCCUAGAUUUUGUACUACUUUGCUAACUUGAAUGGAAUAAAACAGGGAAAUAGGACUUAGAAUUUUAAAGUAAUAACUAAUCAAACACUUAAGUUAGCAUAACAAAGUGAGUUGAAAACUUAGCUAAUUUUGUGCUGUAUUAAGAAAGUGUAGGUAGGGUUAUUAUAUUAACAAAUAAAAAUAAGAAGCACAAAAUACCUCUGAGCCAAACAAAUAAAGUAAUGUUAUAUUGAAUAGCAGAAAUUUUUUAAUGAUAAUUUUUUAAAAACUUUGAAGUUGGGCAUCAGACCACACAGUGAUACAGUAUAUGAUAGUGGAGAAGUUGAAAUCUCUAUUAGAAAUAGUGUUUUUAAAUUUCUGAAAGAGUAUUCAAAUAUACAUUCCCUAGCAGAUUUCAGAAACAGAAGUCAGUAUAGCAGAAUCUGUUUUAUGUUGUUUCUGGAAGGAUUAAUUCUCCUGACUUCCCAUUGAAAGAAAUAUUAACAGAUAGUGAAGACAUAGUGAGAAUUAAUAAUUUGGAAUUCUUUUUUUUUUUUGUAGAAACAACUUUAUAAAUAGAUUCUUACACGAGAAUCUAAACACAGUCAAGAAAAACAUAUACAGAGCACCCCAGCCCUUCUCUUUGGCUCUGGGAAAAAAGAACAGAAGAGAGGAAAAAUGAUUCCUUCUUGUUCUUUUUGUUAGUCUUUUGCCAUGGAGCCUGUGCACUCACAGGAAAGAAACAUAGAAAGAGAGAGGGAAAGUGA